UUUCAGCUCCACAUCCCCGCAAAAUAAAAGUGAGUCCCAAUUGAUAUAGAUGUAACAUAAUGGAAUUGGGGGGGGGGGGAACAAAACAUAAUGGAAUUGAUUUACAUUGGAAUCAACAAUAUGUUGCCUUAAAAGGUGUCUUAUAUCCAGGUUUUUUCAACCUUCCUUGAAAAAAAUUAUCUGAGGCACUUCCGUUUUUUAAAAAACUUUGUAUUCUGUCACUGCCCGUUUUCCACUUGUACAUUACUUGUUUUCUAGGUUGACGGCAACAUUUUCUCUAUGCAUGGUAUGCUAGGGAAACUAAGCCAGCCUCCUCCAACCCAGCAUAACUUGCCCUAAACAUGUAAUCACAUUCACAAUCGUCAGGAUAAUUUCCAAUACUGGAUAGCAGACGGACCUUUUACACCGGAUGGAGACGAAUAAAGGUCCGAGUGAGUGUUGAAAUGCAAUCAACAACAAAUCCCAUUCAUAGGAAGGAUUUAGUUGUUCGCCUAACUGAGGAUUCAGAUCCCCUUUUCCUGUAUAAUCUUGUUAUUUCUGAGGAAGAUUUUCAGAGUUUAAAACUCCAGCAAAGUCUUCUGGUAGAUUUUUCUGCUUUUCCUCAGAGAUUUAUAGAUCUUCUUCAGCACUGUAUCCAAGAACAAGAUAAAGAAAUCCCAAGAUUUUUGCUACAGCUGGUUUCUUCAGGAUCUAGUUUAGAUCAUACACCCUCAUUUCUAAAUGUGGUUGAGACAAAUCCAUUUAAACAUCUUACCCAUUUAUCACUAAAAUUCUUACCAGGAAAUGAUGCUGAAAUCAAGAAAUUUUUGGCAUCCUGCCUCAAAUCUUCUAAGGAACAAAAGUUAUUGCUAGAACAAAAACUUAGCAGAACAGAGGAGGACCUUACAAGACAGCUGAAUUAUACACAGCAGGCCUUGUCAGAAAAGAGCAGAGAAUUAGAUAAUUUAAGAAGCGAAUGGGCCUCCAAGAUAGCAUCAUUGAACAGCAAACAUACUCAGGAACUAUCAAAUGAGAAGGAAAAAACUCUGCAGGCACAAGCACAUUAUCAGCAACAGAAUGAGCAACAGAAAAGAGACUUGGAAAACUUGCAUCAGAAAACUGUCCAGCAACUGCAGAACAGGCUGAAGGAGCUGGAACUUGCUAACAAAGACUUAAUGGAAAGGAGAUACAAAGGCGAUUCCACAGUCAGGGAACUUAAAGCAAAAUUAUCAAGUGCAGAAGAUGAAUGCCAGAGAAUGAAGCAAGAAGUUCUAUCCUUACGUCGGGAGAAUACUACCUUAGAUGCUGAAUGCCAUGAAAAGGAGAAGCAAGUUAAUCAACUGCAGAUGCGAGUUGCUGUUUUGGAACAAGAGAUCAAAGAUAAGGACCAGCUAGUUGCUAGAACAAAAGAAGUAUUAGAAGCAACACAAGAGCAAAAGGCAAACCUGGAAGAAAAUGCAGAAAAGAAACAACUUCAGAUAGGAAAAAUGGAAACCUCACUGAAAGCUCUAUCAACUGAGUUCCUUAAGGCCAAUGAGAUAAUAAAGAAAUUGCAAGGAGAUGUAAAAACGCUAAUGAGUAAGCUGAAAUUGAAAAACACAGUAACAGUUCAGCAAGAAAAGCUCUUGGCUGAAAAGGAAGAAAAACUACAGAAAGAACAAAAGGAUUUACAGGAACUGGAAAGUUCUCUUCGAGAAAAAGAACAAGAGAUAUGCAAAUUGCAGGAACAGUUAGAGGCUACAGUACAAAAACUGGAAGAAAGCAAACAUCUCCUCAAAACAAAUGAAAAUGUCAUCACAUGGCUGAAUAAACAAUUGAACGAACUUCAGCUGACAAGGAAGCAAGAAAUGCUAGGGACAUCUACUUCUAGCAACACUGUUUCAAGAACUGGCAGCUCUCCUCAUAGUAUGGCUGAUAAUAGGAUUACGUCUUUAAACUCCGGACUGAACUAUCCCAUCUCCCCCUUGCUAGCUUUCCAAAGUUUCCCAGAAGCAGCUGCUGUCAAAAAUGCCAACCAACAGAUAUCAGGAACAAAGCAGGUUCACUUCAAUGUCCAGCCCUCAGAAACAAACAGAUGUUCAGAAACCCAGCCAGGGAUUUCUGGGCUGAUAGGUCAUUCAGCAAACAAAGAAAAUGGUGAAAAUGUGGGAUUGGAAACAAAGUAUUUAAAGAAAAGGGAAGACAGCAUACCUUUAAGAGGGCUCAAUCAAAACGCAACUCAAAACACAGGAUACAUGAAGUCCUCUGCACCAAAAAAAGUGCAGAUUCCAUGCAAGCCAGCAGCACCUUCUAAAACUUCUGCCUACUUUCCUGGAUAGCACGUUGUAAUUAAAGGUUUAUAACAAUUUUUUUAAAACAAUUAGCAUUUACAUGCAUUUGUUUCCCUUUUGAAAUAUCAACAUUAAAGUAAUCAAGUAUCAACAUCAACAUUAAAUAGAUUUCUGGGUACUAAAGUGAACUAGUUCUAAGAUGCUUAAAUGACUAUGUUUUUCUAUAAUACGAAGUGAAUAUUUGUCGAAUGGAUAGACGUCUAGACUCCUAACUGGUUCUUCUCUAAUAGUCCGUUUACAUUUUCGCAUAUGCAAGGUAUUUGUUUUCAGUUUCAAGUAUCAAAGAUGCCCUAUCCGAUAAGAAAUGGCUUACUGUUAUUUCUAUGCCAGAAGUUUAUGGAAUGUGGGGCUCAAAAGUGAAAGAAUUGUGAAAGGCUUAAGGAGGAAUUUACCUGACACAAAUAGAAUUGUUUGCAGAAUUUUGGAGCUCCAUUUUUCAGAGUCUACAAUUCUGCAGGGAAUUCUGCUUAAAUCUAUUCAGUGCAGCGCAAAUAGAUCUGCCUUAUUGUUCUAACUAUAUAAUACUGCAAUCUCAGGGAGGGGUAUGGCAGAUGGAAUAGGGUAUGAGGCUCCUGGUUCUCCUACGUAUGUCAGCCUAAAUACGCAUAAACUUUCAUACCAUCUUUAAUUUAGCAAUUUUGACAUGUCAAAAAGAAUGUACAGAUUGUUACAAUUGUUUCUAAGUUGGACAUUUUUCCAAUUAUCUAUAGAUUUAAAGAUUUUGUAAUGAUGCUACUACAUGGCCAAACUACACAUUUCCAGCUUGAAUAGCAAACUCAAGGGUCUAGCUUGAAUAGCAAUGGGUCUCUUGGCCAUAAGUAAAAAUGAUUAUUUGAUGAUGUUUGAAGCAAUUUUUAAACACAGUAUUGUCUGGUUUCUAACCAUGUUGGAAGAAAAACAUAUAAACUGGCUCAGUCAAGUUCUUUUUGUUACCUUUGGAACGCAUUUGAAUCCAGGUAUGCGAAUUGUUUUUAGUAAUUUUAAUGAAACUAUUAGUAAUAUUUAGGAAUGCAAUACUAGUGCCCACAAAUCUAUCAUACACAUUUGUUUUAGAGUAUUUUAGAAUGCCUGUGUUGUUGGUUAAUAAUAUUGGCACAUUUUGUCCAGGGUUUAGAAGGCAGUACUUAAACCACUGAUAAAUGUUGGUAUAUAUUUGGCAAGGUUUUCCCUCUGCUGUACAUAUUUUUGUUCAUGAGUGUAGUUUGCUGUCUGAACAUAACGGGUGCCUAAUUUUAGCAUUUAAUUUUGCAACAUAUAUUUAAAUUGAAAUGUUAGGUCUGGAAACUGGUCUGUGGCAUCAUAUGUAGUGACUAAUACUUUUAAGCUGUGAUGUAAUAUAAGAAAGAUUAACAGGAUAAUGUUAUUUUUGCUGCUAUUCCUUUGAAAUGUGCAAACCAUUUUGCAUUUGGAACAGUUGUUUUUGAGAACUGUUUUGAAUGUGCAAUGUUUUGCACUUAUUCUGUUCAGGUGUUUUUAACUCUAGAUGGUCUGCUCACAUAGUUGUAAAAAAAUUGGGUUUCCAUUUGCUAAGCAAUUAUGUUUCAAUAUGUUACAUAACAUUGGUCUAUGGACUGUGGGAAACAAAAGUCUGUACAGUGUCUUAUAUUUAGACCUCUGCUGCCCAGUUUUCUUUACUGUAAAGAGUGAUGAGGUUCAGGUGUUCUUGCCGUUUUCGAUCAUGGGGAUCCCUGUAGAAAAAUGGAUGUAAGAAUAUCCUAGAGCUGCAUGGAAAGAUAAAAAUCACGAAUCUUUCUAGCUGGAGUUUGCAGUGGGACAACUGUGCCUCUAAAACAUUUGACAGUCCAGCCAAUUUUAAGCUUUAUGAAAUGCAGGGGAAAAGUUUUAGCAUGCUGUAAGAACUUCAUAAUUAUAGCUGGAAAAUUUCUAGAUAUUAGUCCCAUAUAAUCUCCUUUAAUGGGAUUUUAUUACAUUCAGACUUUUUUCCAAACAGAACUGCUCCGAAUAUCUUGUAAUUUUUGUCAAAUAUGCAUUUAGAUAAAUCUAACAUAUAAACUUGGUCAUUUAAAGUGUGAACUGAAAUCUCUUCAAUUGCUUGGGUUUAAAAGUUUCAAGAUAUUUUAAGUGAUUUGGAUUUAGAUACUGGCUUUUGUAAUUCUGUAUAUUGAGUGAAAAAUAACUGAAAUCAUUUAAAUGUGUUAUUGCACCAUUAUUUGCAGUGUAAAAUGUGUAUAUUUGUCUAUAAUCUGAAUGUAGUGUUCAUUCAUAUAUAUAUACAUAUAUACAUAUGCGCAUCUGUUCAUUUUAAUAAAACUUUUACACAGAUGUUUAGUUUCUGUCCAGAGUAUAAACUUCAGCUUUCUUAAUAUGGAAAAGGAACAUUUCUGCUAUGGUACAGUUAAGAUUUUAGAAAGUGAAGACUAGAGCAGGGGUGGCAUGCCAGCAACCGGUCCACACAAACCGUGUGGAUACAGGCAGCAUACAAAACCACACUCUCUCCAGUCUGCAGAAAAAGCUCUCCACAGAACUGGUCCCUGGUGCUCAAAAGCUUAGUUAGGGAUCUCUGGACUAGAGGAGUCUUUGUUUCACUCCUGUAAAAAGUUAUCUUUUGCCUCAUAUAAAAGCUUGAGAGGAAUCACCAUGAUAGCUGUUAGAACUUAGUCCAAAUUUCUAGACUAAAGCUCUUACUUUUGUGUUAAUUACAAAAAAGUGGAUAGGUCUUGAUGACUUUCAUAGUAGGAACUGACGUUCCUUUCCUGGUUCCCAUUCGUGUUGGAGGCACCGCUUAAAGCUCUUGUUUCUUGGUAUAAAAUAGCAUAUAAGAGGCGACAUAUAAACAUUCAUGUAGUUAGGGUGCGUUACCUACAAAUGAAGGACCUGCUUUUCCAAAAAUUGCCUCCAAUGACAUAGUCAUAUGCAGGCAAAUUAGAAUUUUUAUGUUACUACCCGGAAUUAAGAAUUAUUCUCCUUCCCCUACCACAUAAAGUGAUGUUCCAAAAAGCUAGUAACAACAAAAUAUACUUAUAAAUAACAAAAACAGGUAUCUGCUGGUGAAUCAGCUUUAGUACUACUUACUAAAUGUGCCUAAGCUACCUUUUGCGGUUUUGAGAGCUAUUUAACAUGUUUUCAUCAAAUUGCCUGUAAUAAUAGCAAGAACAAAAAAACUCUUUAAAAUUUUAGUUCGGGUGUCUGUUAGAAGAGCAGUGCUUCAAACAUCUAGUGCCAACCCACAUAGGGCUAAUUUAUAACCAAUACUUUAUUGGUGUAGGCAAGAAUUAGUCAGUGGAUUGAUUUAAACACGUACUGCACAUGAUUCAUAUCAGUAGAUUCUAUAGAUAAGCUAAUAUUUUUCAAUUUAAGAAUGUCAGUUGCAUAAAAAGCACACUAUACCAAUUAAGUCACAUGUGAUUAAGCAAUAUAUAAUUGUUACUGGAACCAACUUGAGCGGAGAAUAGGCCUGUUAUUUGUGGUAAACCUCAUGAUUUAAUAUGCCUGAAUACCCAGCUGCUCAAAUUAUAGAACUGACCUUAAAAUGUAGUUUCCCACUAUUUUCUUGUUUCCAGAGGCUAUCAAGCAUUUAAAGCAGGACCAAGAGAAUAGUCUAGCAUCAAAUGAGUUGUGUUCAACACAUACUAAGUUUUUCUUUGAUUCAUUUCUGAUUGACCAGAAAAAUCCCGUUGUGUGUGCAUGCACACAGAGAAAAAACUCCAUUCUCACUAAAGAUGCUAACUUUGCCCAUGUAAAAUCCCAGUUUAAAAGCCUGCCCUGUCCAAAUACAUCCAGAAGACUAGAUACUCACUAGAUGAAUGAAUGCUCCAAUUUAAUGGUUAAUUUUCCAUGCUCCUAUCUUAGAAUGAAUCAAAGAGCUCUCUAAAAUGUAGUAAGACUCAAGUAAUUUACAUAUUAAAGUUUUUGUUGGUAAAGAAAUACUUCAGUGCUUUUUUACAAAGCUGCAAAGUAACUGGCAAGAUAUUUUAACAAGAUUUCUCAAGAAAGCGCAAGGGAAGAUUAAAAUAAAAAUCCAGAGCAGACCAUAUAGUAAGUACUACCUUACCCAGUAUCUGAAUUUUAGUGACUACAAAGAAUUAACAUUAAGAUUUUAAUAUGUUACUGCUAGCUUGUGGAAAUCUUUCUCUGUCCAUCCCUCCCAUAUUUCUAUUAACAAUAAAUUAGUUUAUACAUUUGCUAAGAGUUCAUUUGUACUAUAUAUCAAUCCAGCCUUUUUUAAAGAUCUCCCAAGAGAGUAGAAAAAAAACAAAAGACAAUCCACCGGCCUCUUACUAUGUUUCUACAUCAAUACGAAAAUAAGGUUUAAUAAACUUGGAUCUAAUAUAAGCCAUAGUAUUUUUUAAUGCAAUAAAACCACAGUGAAAUGGGAUUAAUGAGAAAUGUUCUAAACAUUAGUUAACACUGGAGAAAGAUGCCUUACUACAGGCUAACUACAGUACUUUGUUUUCUUAUUACUCAGAAGUGAGCUAUCUUUGUUGUAACCUUACCCAGAGAAACUAAACUAGCACUACGCAAUUGGAAUAAAUGUAUGUACUGACCCAAAAAAUCCUUCAGUAUUCACACAAUUACUGCUUUCCAUUUUUCAUCUGACAUGAUGUACCUUUUGUUUCAAGUGCUAAGGCUAAAGAAAUCUUAAUUAAAAUUUCAGAAAGUGUUUUUCUAGCUACAUAAAUUCUUAUGAUAAAAAUAUAUGCAUAUCUAGAACAAAAUACGUGAAAUGAAAGAUGUACAAUCAACUGUAUUGACAGUAUAUUAUACCAAGUAUAUCAUUUUAAAAAAAAUCACUAAAAUAUUCAACUUUUAUUAACAAAGUAUUUACAAUUGUUCAGCUUCUAUUCAACCGUGGUGAAAGUUUUUAAAAAACUUAAGCAAUAACCACAGCACAAGAGGAAAACAUUUUGAACUAUACAAUACUUUAUACACAUUUUAUACAAAGGAACACUUAAAUAAUACAACUGGACACAAAAAUAUACACUUUUAGAGAAAUUCACAUCGGUAAUUGUAUAAAGCUCUCUCCUGUACUGUGGUCCUGAAAAUGCAGGACUACCCCUUGGCUCUGAAGUGUUAUUUGUGACAAUCCUAAAAGGCCACCAUAGAGCAAGAAUUGCCACUUGAAUUACUAGACAAGAGUAUUUAUUAGCCUGUCACACCCCCUACGUAUGGAAUUCACAAAUAAAAUAGUAGGAAAAGCUGAUCAACUCUCUUUUGUCCUUGGUUCAAACCUGACCAGCUAUUCAUCCUGUCAAGUAAUAGAAGUGACAAUCAUGUAUAGAGCACAUCGACAUCAUCAAGGCUGUCAGCUUAGAGUUGAGUUUGUACGUUCAAGUUUUGAGGUCCUUAUGCAAAACAUCCAAAGCAUAGUGGUAUCAAAUUGUAUUUAUGAAGGUAGAGUGUUGGAGCCCAUAG